AUGGUUUUAACACAUGUUCAUCACCUAAACUUGGCGGUUGAUGCAUGGGGAACAGUUGAUAGAUUGAUAAACAAUGCAGGUAUUACUAGAGAUGGUUUAUUGAUGAGAAUGAAGACUGCUCAAUGGAAGGAGGUUAUUGAUCUAAAUCUCACUGUUGUAUACCUAUGCACACAGGCUGCAGCCAAAAUUAUGAUGAAAAAGAAAAAGGGAAGGAUAAUCAACAUAGCAUCAAUUGUUGGUCUUGUUGGUAACGUUGGGCAAACCAGUUGUAGUGCUGCAAAGGCAGGGGUACUUGGCCUCACAAAAACCGUGGCAAGGGAAUAUGCGAGUAGGAAUAUUAAUGUUAAUGUUGUUGCCGUAGGGUUCAUUGCAUCUGAUAUGACUGCUAAACUUGGGGGAGACAUUGAGAAGAAAAUCUUGGAAACCAUCCCCUUGGGGACACGGUGA